AUGACUCAAGGGGUAUUCACUCUUUUAUAUAACGAAGAAUAUUUGGCAGGGGCCCUUGUUCUAGCCAUUGCGCUCCGUAAGAUCCUCGAACGCCAGCCCGAGGUUAAUAUUUCAUUGGGGGUUAUUAUUGAUAAAGAACGGUUGAACGACUCUCAGGUAUCACUUUUGCGGGGUUUGUACGAUGAUAUAAUUGAAGUAGAACAAUUGGAGUCCGAUAUGGAUCACAGGUUGACCUACGACUUAGGGAGACCUGAAUUGAAGCAGACAUUUACCAAAAUCCAGCUUUGGUCGUUGACAAAGUACGACAAUAUAUUGUACUUGGAUGCUGACACUUUGCCUAAUGUCCCCAAGGAUGAAUCGCAGGGGUCAAUUCUCGAUUUGUUGAAGUUAGACUUCGCUUCCAAUAAGAUUCUCGCAGCUCCUGAUAGUGGGUUUCCAGAUAUCUUCAACUCAGGGGUCAUGUUGUUGAAGCCGAACAUGUCCGACUACACUAAUCUAUUGAACUUAAUAGAGGAAUCGAGAGUUGAUCGCAAGCUUUCGUUCGAUGGGGCGGACCAGGGUCUCCUAAACGAGUAUUUCAACCUGCAGCCAGAUUGGGUUCGAGAUUUAGUGUCUUCUAACCAGACGGAGGUUGCGGCUGCUUAUGGUGCCAAAUCGUCGAAUUGGAUUCCAUUGCCAUUUUUAUAUAACGUAACUCCGUCCACCGAAUACGAAUAUUUGCCCGCAUACAAGCAUUUUGCCAGUACUGGGUGGUUGAGCACUAUAUACGGCAGUCUGGGUAGAGGGUAUUCGAAUUUAUUGCCUCAUUUCAAUGGAGAAAAAUCCCAAAUAAAACUUGUUCAUUUUAUUGGACCCAUGAAACCAUGGAAAGCAGAACUUCCCAUUGGUAUUUAUGGCCAGUGGUGGGACACAUGGUAUGGGUAUUUUGGUAAUGUCACAGUUGAGGAAGUUGUUUAUCAUGGUGGGGGCGAUUUAGUUGUUGAAUCUAGAUCGUUCGAAGAUCAAAGGGAAACUCAAAUACAGCCGGUAGAAACUCCACCGACGAACUCAAAACAGGGUGAGAAAUUCGAUCCGUCGUAUCUCUGCGAUCCAACAAACUACCAGCACAUUCCCAGCAACAUUGUCCCCAGUGUUGACGCUUCGUGGGAUCCUGCAAACGAACCACCUCCUGCGGCCAAGCCCGUUAAUCAUGAAACUGUAGAGCUCGAGAAAGGCAUGAGAUCAUUCACAAAUGCAUGGGACUCUAGCGAUGAAAAGUCCACCCAUGAGGAUUCGCAUGCACCAGAAUAUGAAGGUGUUCAACUUUCUAUGGAAGCUCAACGUCCUUCCGAUGGACAUCCUACAGUUGAACAUAACAAAGACGAACAUCCUACAGUAGAGCAGCCUACAGACAACGACUCCACAGCGCACCCAUUUGGCCACCACACCUCUCAGAGACCAGAAAGAGUAUUUGCUGACGACAACGUUGUUCUUCCCCAUCCAUAUAUGCCUCGAGCCAUCUCCGAUAACGCAGAUCCGGUCCCUAGCUCAACACCACCCGGAUCCGGUCAAUUGGAGCAUGAAGAAAUCUACAAAACGUUAGCUAACCUCCAAAUAGACCAGACCCACCCAGCAAACUUGGAUCAAGACCUGUUCCAACGGACAGAACAAGACUCACCUCAAAAUGAUACCCCCAUUGCCAAAUUAUUUCCCUGGGAGUUCAACAAGGAACAAUAUGUUCCACAGAGAACGUUCGAUUAG